UCGUCAACGGGGUCCCGGCAAUUGUUUGGUGACAGGAUCUUCGGCUAUAGUCUUGCUAUACAGCCCCCAUAGGUCGCCUUAGAGUGUGUCAGUGGGCACCUUCAGGUACGGUACCGUAAAAUUGUAUGAACCGUAUCGGCCUAAGCGGAAGUUGACCCAAAAUAGACCCAGCUCAGUGACUGACGGACAAGUCCGGGCAGAUCCCGAUUUACAGGCCGCGGUUACGUCACCCGCACGCUAUAUAUAUCGAGAUAUCUCGGAGCGCCCAUAUUCCAGCGUGUUUCUCACCCUCCGCACACUGACGGCUUUUCAAUCCUCCUGUAUCCGCCCGAGUCUGAAUGAGAAGAUGGAUCAAGUGGGCUUUAUCACAGCUGAAACCCGGCCGAGCCCUUGGGGCGUAGCUACAAAACCUGUAAACCAAUGCUCGUUGGCCGAUGUCAUGAGUGAGCAGCUGGCAAGAGAGCUCCAGCUAGAAGAAGAAAGCCAUGCCUUUCCGCAGGAGCUACUGUCUGAUGAAGGUCCCUUCCUGACUGGGGAGGGCAUUGAGACAUCAAGUGAUGAAGUCCUGGCUCAAAUGCUGCAGAUGCAGUUUGACAGAGAACAUGAUGCUCAGCUUCGUAGAGAGGAGAAAAAGUUUAAUGGAGACAGUAAAGUCUCCAUAUCCUUUGAGAACUAUCGGAAGAUCCAUCCUUGUGAGGAUAGCGACAGCUCUGGUGAGGAAGUGGACUGGCAGGACACACGUCACGAUCCAUACAAAGCAGAUAAACCUACCACCACCCCUAAGAAGGGCUUUGUUGGAAAAGGGAAAGACAUCACAACUAAACAUGAUGAGGUGGUGUGUGGCAGAAAGAACACAGCUAGGAUGGAGAAUUUUACACCAGAAUUUCAGGUUGGAGAUGGCAUUGGAAUGGAUCUAAAGUUGCCAAACCGUGUUUUCAAUGCCUUGAAGCAACACUCUAUUUCUGAGCAACGCAGAAGUGCCAGACUGCAUGAUAAGAAGGAAGUCUCCACCGCUGAAAAAGUAGUGGACCCGAAAACCAGACUCUUAUUGUAUAAAAUCGUGAAUUCUGGAGCACUCGAGAACAUCAAUGGUUGUGUAAGCACUGGAAAGGAGUCAGUAGUGUUUCAUGCAGAUGGUGGAAGCAUGGAAGAUCAAGACGUACCCCCUGAAUGUGCAUUAAAGGUCUUCAAGACUACCUUAAAUGAGUUUAAGAACAGGGAUAAAUACAUCAAAGAUGACUAUCGGUUCAAAGAUCGCUUCAGCAAGCUGAAUCCACGCAAAAUAAUUCGCAUGUGGGCUGAAAAGGAAAUGCACAAUCUGAAGAGAAUGCAGAAAGCUGGAAUACCGUGCCCUGAAGUUGUCAUGUUAAAGAAGCAUGUUCUGGUCAUGUCCUUUAUCGGAAAGGAUCAGAUGCCAGCUCCCACGCUGAAGGAAGCAAAGCUUGGUCUAGAGGAAUCCAAGCAGGCUUAUUACCAAGUGCUUUCUAUGAUGAAGCAGCUUUAUGAUGAGUGCAGUCUUGUCCAUGCAGAUCUGAGUGAAUACAAUAUGUUAUGGCAUGAUGGAAAAGUGUGGCUUAUUGAUGUGAGCCAGUCAGUCGAGCCCACUCACCCUCAUGGAUUGGAGUUUCUCUACAGGGACUGCAGAAACGUGUCCCAGUUCUUUCAGAAGUCGGGUGUUGCAGAAACGCCUAAUGAACGUGAGCUAUUCAACAUCGUGUCUGGCUUGAAUAUAACUUCAGACAAUCAAGUGGAUUUCAUGGCUGAGAUUGAAGCAUUGGAGAAGAUGAAUGAAGAUCAUGUUCAGAAUCAUUCAAAGAAGAUAUCCACGUUUCAAAAAGAUGACGAGGGCCCUCCCUUAAUUUAUGAUGAAUAACCCUAAUGCAAUGUGUAACGAUAGUUAACAAAAAUAAGAAAAAAGAUUGCUGUGCUCCAACAGCAUUGAUGCCCUCUGCCUCGCGUAGGUUGGAAGUGAUGAAUCAGAAUGCCAAAAAAAAGGCACUCUGUAUUCUAGCUGAGGUGUAUGGCGCGUCUGGAUUUAGCCAGCUGAGAAAUUGAAAUGGCACCAUUUUUUCUCUGUUCGUAGAAACAUUGUGCAUGUUUUUAAGCAAACUUUCACAUGGGUUGUUUAACUUUUCCAGUUAUUUUGCUGGCUCUUCUGUCACUAAAAUGCGUGUUGAAUACGCAGGUAAAAUAGUUUAUUGUAAGUGAGGGUUGCCAAAGGAUAUUGUCAGAUCUAAAAAUCCAAGGUGUCCAUACGGUCAUUGGACUGCAUUAUCCUACUUCUAUAUAUGUUGCAAGAUCAAUUACAAUCUAUAUUUAUAUUUUAAAUAAACUCACUCAACUGUGCAUUCCACAAUUAGCGGAAUACAGAUAUU